AUGUCGAAUCAAUCAAACAUCCACGAAAUGCUCCCGUUCCGCGGCAAGGCCGCAUCACAUCAACACGGCGCCGCCACCACCACCACCACGACCAUGGCCUUCCGUCCCGCCGCCACCGCCGCCGCCACCUCUGCCGCGAUGCCCGCUUCGGCGGAAGAAGAAGACGACCUCGCCUCCCUCGAGGCAAUGCUGCGAACAACGGAGGAGGAGAUGGCGGAGGAGGAGGAGAGGAGAGAGCGGGCUGCGGCCCAAGUGGAAGAAGACCGCCCGCGGGCGGCAACGUUGAAGAAGCUCGCCUUCGGAGGGCACUUCCGCGAGCCCGUCGGCGACCUCGCGUUGAGGGUGUUCCGUCGCGAGUGUGAGGCGAUGGCGGAGCACCUCCCGCGCGCGGGCGACGACGCGCUCCGCCGGAAGCAUGAGAGGAGGGAGGAGCACGCGGUGCGGACUCGGGAGAUGGAGAGAGAGAUGCUGGCGAGGGCGGCGAAGCUGGACGGGGAGAAGAGGGGGGCGGCGAGGAAGGGGAAGAAGAACAAGAAGCAGAAGGCUGCAGCGAAAAGAGUCAUCGCCGCUCAGAAGUGCUGCCGAACUUCCGACCAACUCCCUGUGGACACCUUCGGUGCUCCACUCAACAGGCUAUUGGAUUGGAAGUAUUCUGGACCGUUCUACGCUCCGAACUUGUCAUACUGCACCUACCUCAUCGACUACGCCACACCUGCCAUUUCCAGUCCCGCAAACGCUACUUGCACCUGUUGCUCGAUGACAUUUGCAACCGAUCUCAAGUUACUGCACCAAAUUACCAUCGCUCACCUCAAGGAACUCAUCGACAGAGCCGCCACAAAGACGGGAGACGACUCACAAGAGCACGGAAAGGACGACGCAUACACUGGCAGGAAGAGCGAUACGAGCGACGACUGGGUUGAGCCCAACAUGUGA